AUGAUUAAAGAAACAUGUGAACUAACCGAGAAUGAAAUACGAAAAAAUUUUCAAGCUCAAUUUGAUGUUCACCAAAAUGAUUUCGAUAAUGACUUAGAAAAUCUUUUUAAAUGUAUGAAUACAUCUGAACGUAUUAGAGAGAGAUGUAGACAAUUUUUAAAACGACAAACAACAGAAAUUUGUAAUGUAUGGUGCACAGCAGCGAUACAAGCACAUGAUCAAAAACAAAUGGAACGUCUAGUUCGAGAUGGUUCUGCUGAUCUCCGUCACCUGAUUGAUGAUAUCAUCAAAAGUGGAAAAACUAUGACUAAGGAAAAAGCAAACCAAGAAUUCGAUAGUAUGUGGGACAAGAAGAUUCAAUCAAUUAAAAAUAAUAUCAAACCAGAAGAGAGAUUAAAACAAGUUAUUAAAUUUGUUUAUGCAAAUUAUAAUAUUUUCGAGAAAGAAUCCAGGGGAUUAUGA